AUAAAAACAUUAAUCACAAUCAUAUGAACCCUCAACCUACAAAGUUUAUAAGCCCUUAAGAGAGGAUUUAAGAUAUCGUUGCAUUCAUUAAUGAUCCUAAAGAAGAUAACUCUGAAAAAGUUUUCGACCAUAUAUAAGCGCUCUGUUAGAUAAAAUCCUAAACUAUAACAAACCCAACCCCAAUCACAAUACCGAUUCCUAAAAUCGUUUAUGCUUCACCCAAAUACUGCGCCUUAUCAGGCGAAAAUUUAUAAGAUGAUUGCAUAAAGAUAAAUGAAUUAUACUUUUCCCCUAGGCGAGUUUAAGAUUAUUAUUUUAGAAAUGGUAUAUUAGAUGUCUCAAUUGGAGAUUUGAUAUUUAAUUAUCACGAUGGGGUAAAGGACACUGAAAUAGAAAUCGAAUUAACAUAUGAAAUACUUAAAGAAGUUUUUGGAGAUAACUUGGACCAUAAUUUAAAAGCGUAAGACUAUUUUUCAAAUUUUUUUUAGAGCUUACACACAUUUUAACAGGAGGUUGUCAAAAUAAUAAGGGAAUACCUAUUGAAAUGGAUUUUCAUUUUAUUAGCUAGUAUUGAAAUCA